GCUCGGCUGCGAGAACGUCAACUCAGGUUACUUCGGGGAGUCCUUAUUUAAGCGUGACGUAGGAGGCGAUGGGAGGGUGUUUCCGUAUGCGUGUAGAUUAUUAUCCGGUUCCCUUUGUGAUUAUUGUAUAAGUUACCAUUUAUAUACUACAGACAUAUCUGUCUCUAUAUAGUGUGCAAAUACGGCUAUGCAUAUAAUUAAUUAAUAUAUGUAAAAUCACAUCCCUUCUAAGUGUAUGAUGGGAGAAAACUCCAUGUGAACAAGUGGACCUAUGAAACAAAAAGCUUAACAGACAGUAAGCUCUAGGGAAAGACCAAAGCUAAUCCAGUCCCUGGUCGAUGAAGACAAAGGGCGUGUGCACCGUUUCCAGAAGAGGCCGAACGUGUUAGUAUGACGUCGCUUCAAACGCAGGUGUAGUAGAGAGGUGUGGUGCAGCCUCCUCACCCCUGCACGAGUCUGGCCGCCUGGCAUGGAGGAACAGGGACGCGCACCUCUCAUCCUUUGGGCUUUCGUCACCCGCUACGACUUGACUCAUACUGACGUCAACGGAGAGUGCAAUGACAACAAACCAUUGGUGUCUUUGCCUAUGUGGCCGGAAUGGACGGCUCGCGAGGUACAGACGGAACUGAAAAAAACUCUUAAACUUGACCAGUCAUCCGUGGAUUCAAGUCUAGUGCUUAAGGUUCGCAAUGGUGAAGGUAUGCUUUUGCCCAUGACACCCAUAGCACUUAACAGCACAUCUAAACAACCUCUUGUUAUAGAGGUUUGCGCACCGCACCAGCAUGUAACUGGAACGGAAAGUGGAAUGGGCGCUCUCCCCGCCUCCUUCAGAAAGACGGUGGAAGGUCUCAUAAACAACUACGAAACGAGGCUGGCGGCGGUGGAGAAGGGGCUCGUCGGCCUGGAGUCCCGUCGCGCUUCGCUCCUCGAGGCCGAAGUGCGCCGCAUCCACGACACCCUCACCUUCAUGACGCGCCGCCUCGAGCUCACGCAGACCCCCGACUGGAUCACGGGGGCGCAGACGUAACGGGACGGAAGUCGCUCAUACAAGUACGGAUUUUGGAGGAAUGGUCAUCCGCGCUUGCAUUUAUAUGUGUUAUAUGUGAAGUACCUAUAUAUGACACACACACACACACACACACACACACACACACACACACACACACACACACACACACACACACACACACACACACACACACACGCACGCACGCACACCCCUACAUUUAGUGGGGUUUAUGCAAGUUGUGAUCAUGUGGUAUACAUAAAAUAUGUGAACACACAUACAGAUAUAUUUUCCCUUCUUAUGAUCUCUCCGUGGUGCUCGACCCCCCCCCCACACACACACACCCCGCUCCCCCCACGUGUUGUAUUUUGCAUAAACAAAAAAAUGUAAAUGUGCUUUACAGUAGAAUUCCUUAAUCGAAAUGAAAAAUAUCUUCGGUGUCAAAUUUGCUCUCGGUAAAGAUAACCGCAAAGGACAAUUUGCUUCCAGACAUGUUUGUAUACAUACAUGAUAUGUAUAUGAAUAUAUACAUAUAUGUAUAUAUUCAUAUGUGUGUAUGUAUGUGUGU